ACAAAUCUAUCGGCUCUGUUCUUUUUGUCCUCGAAGCCCAAACAAAACCAGACACAACCCAAGAACUACGAUUAUGUCGAAAACCGCUUUUUUUCUCGGCCUCGGAUCCAAACCUCUCCCUCCACUUCUCUCCUUUGGCACUUUCCUUGUCCCUUAUUCUUCUUCCUCCUCGCCGGCGAUCGGAGUUUCCGCCGCCGACUGUGCUCUUAAAACUUUUGGCCGAAAGGCUCGAGCUUCCCGCCGGCGAUUGGCUCUGGGUGUUGGUGUUUCGUUCUGGAUGAACAUGGCGGGUAAUUCCGCUGGGAAAUCGUUCGUCGCUUCUGCGAGACAGACAAAUCCUUCACCCGUCGAAGAGGCUUUGAAGAACGUGGAGUGGCCAGACAGCUUCCCCUUCAAGGACGAAGAUUUCCAGCGAUUCGACGAGUCAUCUGAUUCGCUGUUCUAUGAUGCUCCACGGUUUGUGACACACAUUGACGAUCCGGCCAUAGCUGCAUUGACAAAGUACUACUCUCGGGUUCUGCCUACAAGCAAUACUCCGGGAGUGAGCAUUCUCGACAUGUGUAGCAGUUGGGUCAGCCAUUAUCCGGCCGGGUACAAGCAAGAACGAAUAGUUGGAAUGGGCAUGAACGAAGAAGAGCUUAAGCGUAAUCCGGUUCUAACCGAGUAUGUAGUCCAAGAUUUAAACCUCAACCCGAAUCUGCCUUUCGAUGAUAACACUUUCGAUGUGAUUACAAACGUGGUUAGCGUGGACUAUCUUACGAAGCCACUCGAAGUAUUCAAGGAAAUGAGCAGAAUCCUCAAACCCGGAGGACUUGCUCUGAUGAGCUUUUCCAACCGCUGUUUCUGGACUAAGGCCAUCUCGAUAUGGACAUCAACCGGUGAUUCUGAUCACGCCGUGAUCGUUGGAUCGUAUUUCCAUUACACCGGAGGAUAUGAACCUCCUAAGGCUGUGGAUAUAUCCCCGAACCCUGGACGCUCGGAUCCGAUGUACGUUGUAUACUCGAGAAAACUAUCCUCGGCUUAAGCAAACAUUGCACGGACUCGGGAAAGGUCUGUCUGUACAUAGGCAAUGUCUUUGUGAGAUGGUAAGACUCCAGACAGAUCCAUAUUUAGCCCGGCAGUCUUUGAAAUUCAGCGUUUUUUUUCCUUCUUUGUAGACACAACCCGGUUUUGGGUUACAAGAAAUCGACGUAAACCGGGUUAACCAAUUCGGUUC